UAGUAAUACAAAAUUCAUACAGAAUUCCACUUUGCCUGUCUUGCCUAUAGUAAAUUUGUGUUUUUGAUUUGAUUUUAAGUCCCGUUUCAUUCUGUGAAUGUCCUUUUUGGAAAAUAAAAUUCAGAAAAAUUUUUUCAGUUAUCUUGUUUUUUCCUUCCUAAUCCUGGGUGCGGUGUGUUAGUGGAAAAAAAAUAAAAAAGAGGAAUACAAAAUAUUGGGGAAAAAUACACCCAGUUCCAUAUAAAAAGAAAAAAUAAGAAAUCAAAAUAAAAAUAAAAAUAAAAAGGAAUAAUUUUCGUCCUUUUUCACUGCGAAUUCUGAAUAUUUAUGUAUUGUUGUCCUGAUCCUUCUGCUCCUGCCACUCUGCUGCUGAAACUGCACUUGAAACUUUGACGGUAAACGCUGUGUAUAAAUAGCCCCAAGCAGAGCGCACCACCACAAGAGGAGGAACAAAGACACACGAAUUCUUUCUUCUUUAAGGGUCAGUUGUGCCAUCAAACAAACAGAGAGGAACCAUACUUCAAGGACUAAAAAACUGAAAUAUGAAGAUCAAUGCAAAAAUGGCGACUCCGAUUGAGGAAAAAGUGGAUCAGAAUUUGAAGAUUCGAACCGGGAUGGUGACAGUCAGCGAUGGCAAAAGCAAACCCGAACCACUGAGACUGAAUUUGACGAUGGAACUAUUGACGUUGCAGAAAUUGGAAAUUGUCACGCCUACGAAUCCAAUGUUUAAUGGGCCGCCCACAGAAUCUAAGGAAAGAAUGGUUCAAAUAACACGACAAAAAAUGGGUGGACUUGGCCUAAGCAUAAAAGGUGGAGCCGAACAUAAACUACCAAUACUGAUAUCCCGCAUUUACAAGGAUCAAGCAGCUGAUAUAACUGGACAAUUGUUCGUAGGCGAUGCGAUUAUCAAGGUAAAUGGUGAAUAUAUAACAGCGUGCCCGCAUGACGAUGCUGUUAACAUUUUACGUAACGCCGGCGAUAUUGUUGUUCUAACUGUCAAACACUAUCGAGCUGCAACACCGUUCCUGCAAAAACAACUUACUAAGGACACCCCCGAUUCAGACAACGAUGCAACAUGUGCGGAACUGAAGGCUGACGAAGGAUUCAAAUCCUCAGUGAAUAAUGGCACAAUAAGCAGGAGCUGUAGUCGACCUAUGUCAAUUUGUUCGGAACCAGAGAAAAAGUGGGUCGAUGUUGUUUCAGUUCCCUUGAUGAUGGCCUACGUGACUCGAUACAUCUACGGCACAGACAAGCUGCGACCUAAUGCCUUCGAAGUACGUGGCCUCAAUGGAGUUUCGACGGGAAUCAUUCACUGCGAUGAUCUGGCCAUUCUUAGCCAAUGGCUCAAACUAAUAACAGACAACGUAGUUGGAUUAACACAUUUACAGAUGAAGCUGUAUAAUCGGAACUUUGCUGUUGGCGAACGAAUUGAAUACAUGGGUUGGGUGAAUGAAGGAGUCAUCAACAAUAACAUCUCGUGGCAGAGCUAUAAGCCCAGAUUCCUAGUUCUCAAAGGAACCGAGGUUAUGCUCUUUGAAACCCCGCCGCUUAAUGUCGCAGGAUUAUCUAAAGCCCUGGUUAUCUAUAAAGUUUAUCAAACAAUGUUUCGUGUAGUAAAAGAAUCAGAAACCGUGGAUAGUCGUCAGCAUUGUUUCCUGCUCCAAAGUUCAGGACACGAGCCAAGAUAUUUGAGUGUGGAAACGCGACAAGAAUUGUUAAGAAUUGAGAACAGUUGGAAUGCGGCAAUUGUAACGAGUGUCAUAAAACUUGGGCGGAAAACCUUUGCUGUUUCACAUCACGGCAAGAGUGGCGGAUUAACGCUUGACUGGCAAUCAGGAUUCUCAUUAGCCGAAGGGGCGGAUUCGUCAAUAGUUUGGCAGUAUAAGUUUUCGCAGUUACGUGGCUCCAGUGAUGAUGGCAAAUCAAAGCUGAAACUUCAUUUUCAGGAUCAUGAAACGCGUGCUAUCGAAACAAAGGAACUAGAAUGCCAAGUGCUGCAAAGUUUGCUAUUUUGUAUGCAUGCGUUUUUGACAGCUAAAGUUGCUUCUGUCGAUCCAGCAUUUUUAAGUUCAAUUCAGCAGUCUUAAUUAAUCAAUUAAUUAAUUUAUAUUUAAAUUAAAAUUAAAUUAAACAAAAACAAAAAAAAGAUUACAAAAUAAAUGUAGGUUAUACUAAAUGCUGUAAUAUUGUAGUUUAAUUAAAAUUAUUUAUAUAUAUAAAUAACAUUUAAUGUAGUAUA